CAAAGGGCCGGGUUGAAAACGGAAAGCAAGUUUUAGGGGUUUUCGAGAUUUGGGGGAAGGGUUUUUCUCUCUCAGAGAACAGAAGUGGGGAAAAUAAAAAAGCUCUCAUUUUUCUCUGUUUCCCCUAGCCGCUUUUGAAGAAGUAGUAGUGUGAUUGCUUCUUCCGCCACUGCUUCAUCCUUACGUUGACCAUUGACUAUCACUGGUUCGAAUCGGAAGGAGCCGAGAACAGCAACAAUGGCCACUUUUGUCUCUCCUCCGGCAAGUACAACGGCAACACAGCCAACCGGUUUAAAGCCCACCGUCAUCGAAAAGGAGAAAGUUGAUUACUUGAACCUUCCUUGCCCUAUCCCUUAUGAAGAAAUUCACCGUGAAGCUUUCAUGUCUUUGAAGCCUGAACUCUUUGAAGGGUUGCGAUUUGAUUUUACAAAAGGACUCAAUCCGAAAUUUGCCCUCAGUCACAGUGUACUUAUGGGACCUACUGAAAUACCUUCUCAGUCACCUGAAACCAUAAAAAUCCCAACGGCUCACUAUGAGUUUGGUGCAAACUAUCUCGAUCCAAAGCUAAUGCUUGUUGGGAGGAUUAUGACAGAUGGUAGGCUAAAUGCCAGAAUAAAGUGUGAUUUAUCCGAGAAUCUUAUCUUGAAGUCUUCAGCACAGCUUACAAAUGAACCACACAUGUCAAAUGUAAUGGCCAGUUUUGAUUACAAGGGCAAAGACUACAGAAGUCAAUUUCAGUUAGGCAGUGGUGCCUUAUUUGGUGCGAGCUACAUUCAGAAUGUGACCCCAAAUGUGUCUUUGGGUGGUGAAGUGUUUUGGACUGGUCAGCAUAGGAAAUCUGGCAUUGGUUAUGGAGCUCGAUACAACAACGAUAAGAUGGUUGCCACUGGGCAAGUUGCUAGUACAGGAAUGGUUCUAUUGAGUUAUGUGCAGAAAGUUUCUGAAAAGGUCUCUCUAGCUUCCGAAUUUGUAUACAACCACAUGUCUAAGGAUGUCACAGCAACGUUUGGUUAUGAUUACAUUCUUCGCCAAUGUCGCCUUCGAGGGAAGAUUGAUUCAAAUGGCUGCGUAGGAGCUUUGUUGGAGGAGCGGUUAAAUUUGGGUUUAAAUUUCAUUCUCUCUGCUGAGAUUGACCAUCGGAAGAAAGACUACAAGUUUGGAUUUGGGAUGACGGUAGGAGAAUAACUUUGAUGGUGUAAUGAUGAUGAUUAGUUUUUAGCUAAGUUGGCAGUCGGGAGCAAACUCCACGGGGGUGAUUCUUUCUUUCGUCCUUUGGUGACAAGAUUCAAAGAGACAGUUUUGUACUUUUGUUGAGCCAUAUUUAUUUGUGGACGGCACCAAUUCGCUCCUCCAACAAAUUAGCAUACAUCACUCGUAGUUGAUUUUUGCCGUUUGGGAUAAUAUUUAUUAUUUGGAUUUGCCUUCAAAGCUGUAGGAUUUUCACUUUGAUCGUGAAAGUCUUACUACAAAUUCAAUCUAAUUGAUUGUACAACUGCAA